AUGAUGCUGACUGGCCCACCGAACUCUCAAGAACUGCUACAAGUGAUGGAAUCGAGCGCUUCUUCCAAUGAGGUCAAGUUGCAACAUAUGCAAACACUAAAAGCACACAUAAAGAGGAAUUCCAUUGAUUUGAGUGAAGUCCCCAUGUACCUCCGCAUCAUAAUGAAGGGUCUUGAAUUCAAGGAGCAUGGCAUUUCGAAUAUCAGUUUCAACGCGUUAUCGUACUUAAUCAAACGAAUCAGUGCACAAGAUCGAUCGGGCGAAAUCCUCAAACAACAAAGCUUCCUAAUACUUCCAGUUUUGAUUAAUAAGUUGGGAAGUGACAACUCGUCAGUUUCAAAAAAGGCACUCGAAGACUAUUGGCUUAGUGCUCCGGAAGAAGUUGAACAUGCCGUCAACGAAAUUUCAUUCACUUCUACGAAUAUGCAAAUAGCGAUUGAAUCUAUUCUUUGGAUGGAACAAAUUGUCCAAAAUGUUAGCGUGAAGUUGAAUGUACGCUUUUUUGCUCCUGCUAUUCUUAGAAUGUUGUCAAAGAAUCAAGGACAUGAGGAAUUGAUUGAUAGUGUGCGUCAAUUGUUUCUCCUGUACAUACAACAUUCGUCCAGUCCACAAGUGCGUCAGUACUUGGAAUUCCAAUGCAAAUCGUACAACAUCGAUAAGAAGACUACUGAGAAAAUACUUCCAAGGAGUCGACCAAGUAGCUCCCGAUCAAGCUCUAGUCGACUGCUGGAAAAGAGAGUUGCUACUCCAAAAAUUCCUGAGAGAGAUUCUGAAGUCGACACCGUCUAUUUUUCAAGCAGUUUAUCUAACCUCUUGGACAAGGUGCACUAUGAGUUAGCUCUGUCUGUGAAACCUAAGGAUGUCCUGGAUGGGGUCGAGCUCCAUCACAUUUUCGACACAUUCUACCAAUGUUUUGAAGGAAAGGAAGGAGAAUCUAACUGGAAACAAAGAGAGAGACGUAUAGUUGAAACCCGUCUGCUUUUGCGAGGAAAUGCAGCAAAUGCUUUCAAAGAAGAUUUGGUAUCAUGUUUGAAGUCAUUUGCAAAUCCUAUGUGCAAGGGAGCAAGCUCCCUUCGUACUACCUUGUGCACACACACUUGUCAAUUGAUCAAAGAGUGUGCAAUCAUAUUGAAAUCAGAUUUUGAGCCGUGUAGUGACUUGCUAUUCCCCACACUAAUGAAGCUAUGUCUAUCAACCAAAAGCAUUACCUCGGGAAACGCCCAUAUGGUUAUAUCUGCUUUGUAUGCCAACUUGCCAUGUAACGCCAAAUUAUUCCAACGAAUUGUCCAAUCAAUGGAUGAGCCCAACUUCAAGCCACGUUCCUUUGCUGUGACUUGGUUGCAAAUAUUGCUUUUGAGGUAUGCAUUGGACCAUUCAUUCUUUAAUGGUCAAUAUGGGUUAGCGAUUGACACUUGCAACAAACUUAUGAUAAAAUUGUUGAAAGAUGCAAAUCCGAAUGUUCGACAGGUGUCGAAGGAAUGUUACUGGUGCUUUUCAAGAAUUUUCCCUGAGGAAUCAGAGGCUUUGAUAGGAAAAUUUGAUGCAAAUACAAUACGAGCAUUGGAAAGGUCCCAGCGUGAGCUUGGUGUAUCAGCAACUACCACAAGAAAGUUGUCGACUAAGAUUUCUGCGCCUCCAUUGAAGGAGUCUACUUGGGAUAGAAUUAAAGAUCAGCAGCAAAUGAAGGUGUCAUCUCGAUCUACUUCACGAGAAUCCAACCCAGACUCACUUGUUGCUUCAUCAUAUAACAGACCUAAGGCUCCUAGAGCCGUACCGCAAGCAUUGAAAAAUGAGUCGAAUAGAGCUACCCCAAGGGCAGCAAGUUGGAAUGCUCUGCAAAAGGAUGCCGCAGGUCUCCCUGAACGAGCAAGAAGCAGAACCGAGGUGUUCCCCAAACCUCCUGUUUCCAAGGAGGAUGAAGUUGUCGUUCGCCAUUCGGCUUCCGAACCACCUGUUGAAUCCUCAAGGGUGUUUUCAAAGGAUCAAGAUCCAAUGAUUGAUUUCAUGUCGUCUAAGAGUACAAGUGACUUGAUGGAAGGUGUAAGCUUGUUGAAAUAUGCCAUAAUCAGUAAAGAAGAUGUUUCCAAUGCCCAUGCAUUGAAAAGCCGCUUGAGAUACAUUUCCGAAAAGGACCCCAUGGUGUUGAAACAGUUGUUCUCUUCGAAUGACUAUGUCUUCAAGACAGCCGCUAAGUUGUUUACACUUGAUGACUUUGUGCGUGUUUGUUCCAUCAUAUUUGUUGAAGUUGAUCAACGAGUCUACGAAUUGAUGACUGGCGAUAUUGCCUUUAAUGACUUUUUCAAUGAACAGAUUCUGUUGCUAGGUACUGUGAUUGACUCCCCCGCCAUUGCAGGAAGCACCAACUUCAAGUUCUUGAUUUCAUCGUAUCAGUUCAAGAUCGCCAAACUGAUAUUUCAAACAUUUCUGAUUGCACUUACUAAAGUCAAAUUAACAGAUGUUCAAUUUGGUGAACUUUUUCAAGAAAUGGUGAGACUGAUUUCAGUGUUGAAGGGUCUGGAGGCGCAUACCAAUUUGAAGCAGUUGUUUUGUCAACUUUAUGCCAUCGACUCUUAUAAGUUCACUCAGUUGUUGGACGAAGCUGAGUUUGCUAUGAAAGACGAGGUGGAACUGAUUGUUGGAAUCGACAGCACGGUGCAUCUCGAGAAUCCGUUGGAUCAGUCUGUUUUCGAAUUGACCGAAGUUAAUCCAGGUGGUUUGAAGGAAGAUUAUGCUCCAAAGUCUGCCGAUGAUGGCUUUACCAUGGUUGUGCCUAAGUUGAGAGACGAAACUACCAAUAAUGAUUGUAACAGUAAAUGUAGUCCACUAGGCCAAAUUGCAGAGAUGGGCGAGGAUGACGUUGUGAUGGUUGAUGAAGAAAAUGAUGUUCAAAUGCAAUCAUCUAUGCCGAUAGAGGUUGACGCCAAAAUUAGCAAUAACACUGCCCAAGAUGAAUCGAUAAUGAAAGGCACUCGUCCUUUUAAGUUGAUGGUAAAAGGAUCACAGGAAGAUGCAAUUUCCUAUUCUGACCCAAUUGUGAGCAACAUCAAGCCGCAUGAGGACUUGAUCCAAGAUAUGGCACUGAUCCACAUUGAGAAUCCAUCGUCUCGACCAUUGAAAUCCCAAGAUGCUGUUCAAACCAUGAUUGAUAAAGUCGACCCGUUACGGGCCCGUACUAACAAGACCAAAAAGAUUAAUAUUUAUGAGGAUUAUAAGCUACCAGCGAGUGAGCCACGAAAUGAGAGAAAUAUUGAAACCGUUACGUUUUAUUCGCAACUUUUUGGAAAGGGGCUUGGUGGUGAUUCGUUGGCUGUUGAACAGUUCAAUAACUGCUGUGAUGUUAUCGCGCUGAUUGCGAAUGUGGAAGACAAGACACAAUCAAUGAUAUCUGUUUCCCAAUCAAUCGCUUCAUUGAGUGCCACGAGCUUUGAAUUUAGGGAGUAUUUUUUGACCACUGGUAAGCACAAAUUGACUAGUUCGUUGUGGGAGUAUUUUGAACUUGGCUUUCAGUAUGGAGCUCGACCAAUGACGACUUUAGAGGUUAUGGAUGGGUUGAUUAUUCUCAAGCUUUUACUCCGUUACGAUGAAACUAUGGACCCCAAUGAGAUUUUCCGGGUUAUGGACUUUACAUGCAAGCUAGUUACGAAUGUUUGCAACGAGAUGUUUUUGAUUUGGCGUGAGAUUGUGACUCUGAUUAUCAAAUACGGAAGUCACAGUAACUCCAAGCACGAUUCAUUGAAGCUGAGCAUUGAAAAAAUGCUGUUUGGGUACCUUAUGGACACAACAGGGACUUCUCAUAACCUCGCAAUGACUCAAUUAUGUCUUUAUUUCCUCUCAUCCACCUUAAUCCAAGAAACCGAAUUUAGUGAGGAGAGAUUAUGCCAACUAGAUGAAAUGUUGGGUAAAUUCUUUAAUUGUGAUGUGGCCGAGCUUCGGCAUUCGGCCAUAGUUUGCUAUAGUUGCAUAUUGAAAAACAGUGCCUUGAGUUCUGAUCAAAAGCAAGUUAUGGAGAGAUUGAAGUCGAGAUAUCCGAUUGCCAAGCAACGGUUGAUUGAGGAGUAUAGCAAAUGA